AUGGGGUACAUACGAGUGGGCGUGGCUCGAACUCAACGCCAACGUUUUUUCUUUCUUUCUUUCUUUCUUUCAGUCAAUUCUCUUCUUUAUUUUACUUUUUCAUUUCUUUCUUUCUUUCAACCGAUUUCUUUUUUUUUUCAAAACAAUUCUUCUCUUUUUUUUUUUUCUUUCUUUCAAACAGUUCCUUCCUUUCUUUUUCUUUCUUUCUUUCUUUCUUUCUUUCUUUCUUUCUUUCAACCGAUUCUCUUCUUUUUCUUUCUUUCUUUCUUUCUACCAAUUCUCUUCUUUUUCUUUCUUUCUUUCUACAAAUUCUCUUCUUUUUCUUUCUUUCUUUCAACCGAUUCCUUUCUUUCUUUCUUUCUUUCUUUCAACCGAUUCCGUUUUCUUUCAACCAAUUCUCAUCUUUUUCUUUCUUUCUUUCUUUCAACCGAUUCCUUUCUUUUUCUUUCUUUCUUUCUUUCUUUCUUUUCAACCGAUUCCUUUUUCUUUCAACCAAUUCUCUUCUUUUUCUUUCUUUCUUUUCAACCGAUUCCUCUUUCUUUCUUUCUUUCUUUCUUUCUUUCAACCGAUUCCUUUUUCUUUCAACCAAUUCUCUUCUUUUUCUUUCUUUCUUUCUUUCUACCAAUUCUCUUCUUUUUCUUUUUUUCUUUCUUUCUACCAAUUUUUUUCUUUCUUUCUUUCUUUCUUUUUAUUUAA